UUAAACAUGGCAGCGCCCUUGAUGAACGUGUAGUGGUUGUUACAGAGUGUAGGAGAUGAACCACUUCACAAAGUCAUUUGCUAAAAACUGAGGUCCUCGCGUGCAGUAUGAACAGACGAGAGUUCACAGCCUGCCUUGUGGCAGGUGGCUGUGCAGGAAUGUGUGUAGAUCUCACUCUCUUCCCUCUGGACACUAUAAAGACAAGGUUGCAGAGCCAGCAGGGCUUCUACAAGGCGGGAGGUUUCCGUGGGAUCUAUGCAGGUGUCCCGUCUGCUGCUAUAGGCUCCUUUCCCAAUGCUGCUGCGUUCUUCGUCACCUAUGAAAGCACCAAGUCGUUCUUCGCUGGCUACACUGCUGCAAGCUUGACCCCCUUCACUCACAUGCUGGGUGCUUCACUAGGAGAAAUCGUCGCCUGUCUGUUUCGUGUGCCGACUGAAGUGGUGAAGCAGAGAACACAGGCCAAUCCCUCCCUCAAUACCUACCGGGUGCUGCUGAAUACACUACAAGAAGAGGGUUUCAGAGGGUUGUACAGAGGUUAUGGCAGCACAGUCCUUAGAGAGAUUCCAUUCUCGCUGGUGCAGUUUCCACUCUGGGAGUACCUAAAGGCCGUGUGGUGGAGGAGGCAGGGGGGACGACUGGACUCUUGGCAGGCAGCAGUGUGCGGAGCUCUCGCAGGUGGAGUAGCUGCGUUCGUCACGACUCCGCUAGAUGUGGCGAAGACUUGGAUAAUGUUGGCUAAGGCUGGGACGAGCACAGCCAGUGGAAAUAUCCCAGCGGUUUUGUAUGAGGUGUGGAAGAGCCGAGGAAUAGUUGGGCUAUUCGCCGGCAGCAUCCCGAGAGUGACGUUCAUCAGCAUGGGAGGCUUCAUUUUCCUCGGCGCAUAUGAGAAAGUGCGCCGUACGCUUUUAUAAACACCCUCUCCAUGGAACAGUGUGUGUCGGAUUCCUCAACCCAAACCCUGACCGUACGGCCACUGCCGAGGAGUGGAGGUUGGUCAAAUCUGACUGAGGAGCGCACCCUCUGUCCCAGUUUGAACCGCUGGUCUCGAGUCCACGGCUAGGACACCUGGUGUCUGGAUAAAAAGAUCACAUAACACAGGGGUUUGCAUUCCUGCUCAACAGUGCACAACAGAUUGAGUUUAACAGCCUGAAUUCCACUUAUGUUGCACCACAGAUCGGGUUCAAACUCAAAUGUCAUUUUUGCAAACCUAUGUGAAUCGAUUAAAAAAAAGUUGUGUUUUUUUUUUUGCAAAAAUGAAUUGGCUAUUGUAUUACAACAUGAUUGCGCUGGUCCUUUAUGCGCUUCAGUCAUGAAUGCACUAAUUGGUAACAUGUUAAAAUGCGUAACCGAUUUUAUUCCAGUGGAUUAUCGUUACAUGUCAAGUCUAGACUUUGAUCCCCAAGAUUAAGAUAGUUGUUCUACCUGCUUCACUAUUAUUAGCUGAAAAAACACGAGUGCAACAGAAUGCAGAGAAAGACGGAUUAGUCCACAGGUGCGAAUGUUUGUCUGACCUGUCAUGAAGCUUGGGGCACAAGAACAACACAAUACUGAAACAGUGGGCCGUUCCAGUCGACAACCACCUUACACUGGUAUGUGCUUUCUGUCCAAACACAAUAGAGAGGAAUGAGUUCGACCAAAUGAUUAGAGGUUUUUGGGGUUUCUUCAAACAGUGAGGGGGCACUAACUUAACCUAUUCAUGCAAAGUAUGUUCAACCAGUGCGUCAAAAAUAAAGACACAAACCGGAGGGAGUAAAAGAGCAACAUGUGACUUUAAUAAACACUUGUCAUUUUGACACUUCAACAGUUUUAGCCAUGUGGGUGAACAGCUGUGAUUAGAGUUCAUUUCAAUAAAUUAAUCUGGUAUGACCCACACAGAUGUGAACUAGUGGGGUUCUUCACACAGCUAGAUUACAGUUGCCCAGAGUAUCAAAGUCUGCUAUGGUCAAUUUCAACUGUUUUGGGUUAAACUGGCAUUUGCUGUAAUCGAACCGUACAAAAAUUUCCCCUAGUUUAGUAGUAGAGCCGUUUGACUAUUUGGCCUAAAAACCUUGGCUGUUGACAUGAACCAGUUUUUGGCUCAGGUUAACCAACAAAGACAAUAUGUAGCUUAGCAUUAAUUGCUUUAGUCCUGAGACUAUGAGUGCUUAGCUGAUGAGGGGUUCACUUAUUCCCGUUUUUUUUUUCUUUUCCCUUUACAUGUAGACAUUCUGUGUGGUUGAAAGAAGACCCUGAAGCCCAGCACACAUAGCUUGAUUUUUUUUUUUUUUUGAGACGCUCUUUCCCUUUCGUGAUUUGGCAGUAUUCGGCUUUUCUGUUAGCUAAAAGUCGGUUAGAACAAAUCUCUCUAAAUGUUAAUUAUUGGAUAAUUUGUUAUUUUCCCAAAUGUUAAAGGCGGCGGUCAACAAUUACAUUUAAAAAUUGGGUUCAAAUACCACAGGUAGGUGAGUGAAGCAGCUUUUGGUGCCAUGUAGCUUUGAUAACGGAAGAGCCUCGGUUGCAUCAGAAUU